AUGCACUGGUCCACGCUCGCCUCGGGUCUGCUGUCAGUCGCAGCUCUGGUGGAGGGUCGGAGGAGCUUGCAGCACGUGGGGAGGAAGGCCUCGAUACCGACUCCGGCCGGCGAUAACUACGUGUCGCAAUACCUGGCAAGCAGGCAAACGGUAGAGCACAAGUUCCUGAACGACAAUACCACCAAAUAUGCCGUCAAUGGCACAGGCAUCCCUGACGUCGACUUUGACGUUGGCGAGUCGUAUGCUGGGCUUCUCUCCAUCACUGACGACCCGGACGCGGCCGAGAAGCUCUACUUCUGGUUCUUCCCCUCGGAGAAUGAGAAGGCUGACAAGGAGAUCCUGCUUUGGCUCAACGGCGGUCCAGGCUGUUCCUCACUGGAGGGUCUGAUUCAGGAGAAUGGACCGUUCCUGUGGCAGUAUGGUACAUUCAAGCCGGUGCCCAACCCGUGGAGUUGGCACCGCCUCACCAACAUUGUCUACAUCGAACAGCCUAUCGGCACUGGCUUCUCGCAGGGCAACGUCACAGCGACCAACGAAGAAGAUGUUGCCAAGCAGUUCAUGGGCUUCUGGAAGAAUUUCAUCGAUCUGUUCUCCAUGCAGGGCUACAAGGUCUACAUCGCUGGCGAGUCCUACGCAGGCAUGUACUGCCCGUACAUUGGCUCUGCCAUGCUUGACGCCGAGGACACAACCUACUUCAACGUGUCGGGUCUGAUGAUCUAUGACCCCGUGCUGAUGGAUGGCAAUGUCCAGACCAGCUACGUCACUGUCCCCUUCGUGGAUUACCACACCAACCUGCUGCCAUUCAACGAUUCGUUCAGCGCCCAGAUUCACGAGAAGCACCAAUCCUGUGGCUUCGAGGACUUCACCGCAACGUAUCUGCAGUAUCCUCCUCCAGGACCCCAGCCUCCUUCCAACGUCUCCGAUGAGUGUGCAAACCUCUGGUACGAUGUCUACGGCGCGGCCUUCUCGGUGAACCCCUGCUUCGACGUCUACCAGGUCGCAACCACCUGUCCCCUGCUGUGGGACAUUCUCGGAUUCCCCGGCUCUCUGUUCUACGUCCCCGAGGGAGCCGACAUCUACUUCAACCGCACCGACGUCCAGCAGGCCAUCAAUGCGCCAGUGGGUACUUGGGAGGAGUGUGCCUCCAAUAAUGUCUUUGUCGACGGCCAGGACACCUCGGACCCCAGCGGCUACAAGGUGCUGCCCAAUGUCAUCGACAAGACCCAGAACGUCAUCAUCGGCCACGGCAUCCUCGACAUGAUCCUGCUGGCCAACGGCACCCUGCUCUCCAUCCAGAACAUGACCUUUGGCGGCAAGCUAGGCUUCGAGAAGACGCCCAUCGAGCCCUUCUACGUGCCCUACCAUGCCCUCAGCACCGCCGACACCAUUGGCGAGGAGUCGGACCCGCAGCGCCUGGCUACGAUGGCGGCGGCUGGCGUUAUGGGUGUCGCGCACACCGAGCGCGGUCUGACCUAUGUCUCGGUAGACAUCAGUGGACACAUGGUGCCGCAAUACGCGCCCAGCGCCGCUUUCCGGCAGCUCGAGUUCCUGCUGGGGCGCGUCAGCAGCCUGAGCGACACGACCCCUUUCGAGACGGAACCCGAGGCCCCCCAGUCCACGGAGCCUCUGGGUAACGGCACGGGCCCGGCGACGUUCUAUUGA